GCCGGAUAGGUGGGCGAUUCCGUGCGUGUUGUCUCACUGAACGCGUGCUCUGCGAUUGGCGGUUGCUGGCGCUCCGAGUUGGCGGCUGCCUGGGCUGUCCGCAUUGGCUCGCCUUUGCAAAUGUGUUGUGCGACUUUCCGAGUCGUCCUUUGUCAGUUAUUCUGAAGCCAGUUUUCUUUCUCUCAGAUUAUUUUGUCUGUUUUUUUUUCCUGCGGAAUUGCGUUUUGCGGCAGGUUCUGGGAGGGUGAGAGUGAGCAAGGUCGUGGUUGGUGAGAGAAGUGUCUGCUCCCGGGGCAGCCAGGAUGAAAUGAUGGUUAAAAAGCACAGACCCGGGACCUGGCUUAGUUAACCUGACGCUGAUGCUUGCUGUUGACUUUGAAGAAGCAAAGCUACUUUUAGUUGCACUUCUUGAUUGAGUGGUUCCAGUGAACAUCUGCAUCAUGAAGAACAGUGAUGAACAAGUGACUGCAGUGUCCCAGAGAUUAUCAACCCCCACCCGGAGUUCCAGCAGCUCUUUUAGGCCAGAUGUUCGGCAGGACAGCUGGGAGAUUGUGGAAGGACUUCGCGACAGUACAAGUGCCAUCCAGGAGCCAGAGAAGCAGGAAGGAUACAUGCUGAAGAAGAGAAAGUGGCCUCUGAAAGGCUGGCAUAAGCGAUACUUCUUCUUGGAGAAAGGAAUCCUGAAGUACGCAAAAUCUCAGGCUGAUAUUCAGAAAGGAAAACUUCAUGGUUGCAUUGAUGUUGGGCUGUCUGUGAUGUCAAUAAAGAAGAAGGCAAAAUGUAUUGAUCUGGACACAGAAGAGCAUAUAUACCAUCUGAAGGUAAAAUUCCAGGAGUUUUUUGAUGAAUGGGUAGCAAAGUUGCGUCACCACAGGCUAUACCGCCAGAAUGAAAUUGCCAAGUUUCCCCAUGAUGUGACUAAUCACUUCUUCCCAGCCUCGUCUGCUACAGACUCUUCAAGCUCUUUGAAUUCCCCUUCUUUCAGGAAGUUGAAGAGAGGAAGUUUAUGCAAACAAAUGUCACUCCAAACUAGCCCAGGUUUUCCUGUCAGUUAUUCUAACAGCCAGUCGAAGGUGGCAGCGUGGUUACAAAGUUCGGAAGAUAUAGAUAAAUGUUCAAAAGAUCUUUCUCAAUGCCAAUCCAGUUUAACAGAAUUAAUGCAGCUUUUGCAAAGCAUGGAAGUUAUCCAUAGAACAUACUCAGCACCAUCUAUUAAUGCUAUUCAGGGAUAUGUUUUUGAAAGUCCCAAAAAGGAAAAGCGCUUUCAGAGAAGGUGGCGAACUAAAAGUUUUGGCAAGGAUGCGAAAUCAACACUACAGGUUCCUUGUAUCUCUGCCAGCCCAAUGAGACUGCAUGCAUCAAACCCUAACUUGUCUGAGGUAUUUAAUGUAGAAGCAAAGCAUUUUUCGGAUGGUUCAGACUGGCCUUCAGAUUAUUCAAAACUGCAAGAGGAUUUCUGCCAUAUUGCUCAAGAAGUUCAUUCUGCUCUAAAGUCGGUGUACAAUUCAAUGGUCAUUGAAAGGGAGAAACUGAAGCAGUUGGUAUCAGAACACGAUGCUUGCCACUCGCCGUCUGCACAGAUCAUUGGUCUGAAAACUGCCUUGAGCUCAGCUUUAGCUCAGAAUGCAGAGCUCAAAGGCCGGCUGUGCAGGAUACAUGCUGAGUCAAGGCUGGUAGAUCCAGCUGUCACUCUGUUUUCAAGUCCAGGUUCAGUAAAGCAGCAAGACCUCACCCAAGUAAGUAAUCCCCUGGUCCAUCAGCUGUCCAAUGAAAGCAGGAUCUCUCGAGCAGACUCCCUCUCUGAGUUCUUUGAUGCACAGGAAGUUUUAUUAUCUGCAAGCUCAUCAGAGAAUGAGGCUUCAGAUGAUGAUGAUGAUUCAUAUGUCAGUGACAUAAGUGACAAUACUUCAGAAGAUAACUUAACCACUGAAGCAGAAGCUAAUGCUCAGACAAUAUAUCAUUCUCAAAAUGGUACAAGUCAGCAUAGUAGAAGAAGAUCAUGCCUGCCUGCUCCAGGACCAAAUAAUAGUAACAUAAGCCUUUGGAACAUUCUAAGGAAUAACAUAGGGAAAGAUCUUUCCAAGGUUUCCAUGCCAGUUCAGUUAAAUGAACCACUGAACACACUUCAGCGCCUUUGUGAAGAACUGGAGUACAGUGAGCUGCUGGACAAGGCUUCUCAGGCAGAUGAUCCAUUUGAAAGAAUGGCUUUUGUGGCAGCCUUUGCAGUUUCAGCAUAUGCAUCUUCAUACUACAGAGCUGGAAGUAAGCCAUUUAACCCAGUUCUAGGGGAGACGUAUGAAUGUACGAGGAAAGAGCAAGGCUUCAGGUUCAUUGCUGAACAGGUCAGCCACCAUCCUCCAAUAUCUGCAUGUCAUGCUGAAUCAAAGAACUUUGCUUUCUGGCAAGAUGUGAGGUGGAAAAACAAGUUUUGGGGUAAAUCAAUGGAGAUUGUUCCAGUUGGCACAAUUCAUGUAACUCUUCCAAAAUAUGGAGACCAUUAUGAGUGGAAUAAAGUAACUUCUUGUAUACACAAUAUUCUUAGUGGACAGAGGUGGAUAGAACAUUAUGGAGAGAUUCUCAUUAAGAAUACAGCAAGUAGCAUUUGCCAGUGCAAGCUGACAUUUAUGAAGGCAAAAUAUUGGAAUUCAAAUGUUAAUGAGGUUGAAGGGAUCGUAAUGAACCAAAAUGGGAAGAUAAUGAAUCGACUAUUUGGAAAGUGGCAUGAAGGUAUAUUCUAUGGAACUCUCCCAUCAGCAACAUGCAUCUGGAGACCAAAUCCCAUGCCAAAAGAUUUUGAGCAGUACUAUGGUCUUACCAAAUUUUCACUGGGAUUAAAUGAACUGGAACCUGAUGAAAGACCAUACCUUCCACAAACUGACACAAGAUUUAGACCUGAUCAAAGAUACCUAGAGGAAGGUAACAUAGAGGCUGCUGAAUCUCAAAAACAAAGAAUUGAACAAAUGCAAAGAGAAAGACGGAGAGUUCUUGAAGAAAACAACAUGACACAUCAACCUCGCUUCUUUAGGCAAUCUCAGGAAGGUGGAAAGGAAAUGUGGGUGAGCACAAAUACCUAUUGGGAACUUCGGAAAGAUCCAGGCUUUGACAAGCUUGAAGGUCCAAUACUUUGGUGACAUAUCAAUGCAGAUUCAUUUUUUUUUGUUUCAUGACUAUUAUACGUUAUUUAUUAGAUAUAUAUCUAUGGGUCAUCUGUUAUCUUUAUGUGUAGGUGAUUGUUUAUUUAUUAUAAAUUUUUAGAGUUACUAAAACAUAUUGGGAUAGCUUGAUGCCUUAAAACUGCUAGAACUAAAAUUCAUCAGAUUUUUGCUUCAAAUAUCAUUUAUGUACUGCAAAAUUUGGCUACUUACAAGCUAUAGCAAGAAUAGUGGGUGCAUAACAUCUGCAAAUGUACAUUUUUAUUGCUUGCAAAGAGAAUGAACAAGUAUCUAUAUAAACUAGUAUCCUGUUAUGAAUUUGUUGCCUUUUUAACUAAGGCACACAGAAUGCUUCCAAUGUUGAAUUAAUUCAAGGCUUCUUACAGAACUUUUCAGUAAUGACACAUAUCCAAGAUACAUUAAUAGUCUGCUGUUUGUAUUUAAAUAAUAUAUUAGCCUUGAAUGUAGAACAUGCUCUGAUCCUACAAAAAAAAAUCUCCACUGAAAUUUGCAACGAAGAUUGUGAACCUCUGUUAUAGGUAAACCAAAGUAGUCAGCAUAAAACUGCAUUAACCACAAGCUUUCUACCUAUCCGGUUGCCAUUUUCUUCCCUCUCCUAUGCAUCACCACUUUGCUAUGAAAUUGUGUCUUGGCUUGCAGAAGCCAGCCAAAAAGGAGCAAGGUGCGGGGAAUUUUGCCUUACCCAGAAAUGCAGAUAGAUUCAAAGUCAGCACCACCGUCUAUAAAUAAAUCUGUCCCUACCCUGAUAGAAUGUUUGCAAAAGAGUGGAGAUACAAUAUUAUAAACUUGCCUUUUUAUGAUUUGCUAAAUGCACAGUCAAGUCAAAUGUCCAUACUCUGGAUACGCAAAGAUAUCACUUUACAAGUUCUUGACUGUGUAUUUGAUCCCUAAUUUGCACUAUUAUUGCGCACUUUUUGUAAAGACAUUUCAGUCGAAGUAUGAAGCUGAUUUUUCUGCUUGGUCAAAAUCUCAUGUUUUAAUGCCUACUUAUACCUAACACAUGGAGUGGGCUCUUGGAAGUUGAUAUGUUGAACUCUUAAAAAUGUUCAAGAUUGUGUUCAAAAAAAAUCUACCUCUUCCAAUAAAACAAAUAACUGUAUUCUCCCAACUUUUAGUACAGGAUAUUUUUUCCUCAAACAGAAAAGUUUAUAGGGAAAAGUGUGGGCUUUUCAAUAAGAAAUUAGGAUGUCUUUACACCACAUGAUUGCCAGAUGGGAAAACUACCUUGAUUCAUUCCUUGGCAAUAAACUGAGCAGCAAUUUUGCCAUUAGCCCAGUAGAUGGAAUAUUGCUGCUCUUUGUCAUCUUGACACUGGUUAUGCCACGAUUUGUUAGCUGGCUUUCUUCAAAUUUGGCUGGUUUAUAAUCCCAGGUUUUACUGCUGCUCCUUUAGCUUUCCCUCCAAGUUUUGGGACACCUUGCACAUGGAACAUUGUCCAAAAGCUGAAUAAGUGUCUGCAACUGAGGAAUUUUAUUAAGCAAUAGGUGAAUUGGAUCAAGGAUUGUAAGGGUGAUGUGAUGAAUUGGAGCUGCAAACUAUAAAUAGAGUUACAGGUAUUGGGAUGUGGUUGAUAUUUGAUUCUGAACUAGAUUUUUUUAUUCCUUGUGAUUUGAGUAUUUAGAAGUAAUGUUGCUGCUGAAGUGUAGCAUUUUCUGAAAAACGUAUGAAGCUUAAAGGUAUGAUGGACUACCUAAAACAUGUGCUUGAAGUCAAUAGCUAUGUGUAUCGGUGCAAAUUAAAUGAUGCAUCCUUAUCUACAAAAAUCCAGUAAUACUGCUUAUAUCCAUUAUAUAUUGAAUUUAAUCAUAUAGAUAAUAUCAAAAGUUCUUUGAAAACAUAGAUGAACAUUAAUUGACAAAUAUGACAAAGACCCUGACAAAAUAAUAAUCCAGCAAUUUUCACCUUCAUUAUGUAUUGGAAGUCAUUUGUGAAACUCUUCUCCCCAAUGCAGAGUUCCUAAAUAUUAUGUGAUGGAAGUAACAGGAGUUAAAUGAAGGCCAUUUUUUUUAAAUGUUUGUGAUAAACCUUAUUUGUUGCUGGAGUCAUUCUGAAAUACAUUGCAACAAAACAUCAGUGUGCAUUAAAGAAAACAGUGGUGUUGCAAGUAGUGCAGCUGUCCCACCACUCCAGCAGCCGAGGUUUGAUUCUGGUGCUGUCUGUUUGGAGUUUACAAUUUGUCCCUGUAACCACAUUGACUCACAUAACAAAGACGUGCUAAUCAUUGGGUGAAUUGGCCACUGUAAAUUGCCCAGAGUGUAGGUGAGUGGCAGGAGAAUGAGGUGAGUGUGAGAGAACAGGUCAUAGAGGAAUGGGAUUGCUCUGGAAGCCAAUGUAGACUCACAGGUUGAAUAGCCACCCUGACUUCAUAAGGAAAUGUGAAAAAGAGGUAAUAUAUGAACAUUCUCAGUGGGUUAACCCAUGGUAGUUACUCUAGCACUUUCACCCCUAUUUAUAUUGAUGAAUUAUGUAAAUUAGCUUUUUAAAUGUAAGUGUGCUGGUCAAGUUGAAAGCAUUGCAUGAAUGUGAUCUCUGGUCAUCUGAAGUCUUGGACUUCUCAAAUUAUAUAAUAAUUAAUGUACAUAUUUAUGGAUUAAAAUUGUUCCUUGCACUACACAACAUUCCUUACAUACAAAAAAAAAUCAUAUUGCAACUUCUCCCUAGUCUGCUCUGAGUAUGCACUGAGAAAGCUGAUCAACUCCACCUGAUACUGACUGACCCUGACUGAUGCUGAAUUUACAGAUUGAGGAAAUGGGGCCAGAUCCAUGUUCUCUCUGUUCAGUUUUGGUUUAAUAUGAGGAUUUGAACAUAAGAAAUAGAAGCUGGAGUAGAUCAUAUGGCCUCUUGCACAUGCUGCACCAUUCAGUAAGUUCAUGGUUGACCCUUUACCUCAGUUCCACUUUCCUGCAUUAACCCUACACUCUUGGAUUCCUUUAAUAUACAAUAAUUUAUCAAUCAGUCUUGAUUCUACUCAGCCUCCACUGUCCUGUUUGGUAGAGAAUUCCAGAAAUUCACCACCCUCUGGUGGACUUCUCUCAUUGCAGCCAUGAAUGACCAACUCCUUAAUUUGAGGCUCUGGCCUCAUUUUAAAUGUCCCAGCCAUGGAAGCAUUCAAGCCUCCACCCUGUCAAACCCCUAAGAAUUCCAAUGGGAUCACCUCUCAUUCUUCUAAACUCUGGAGUAUAGGCAUAGUCUGCUGCACGUUGACACUCAAUUUUCCCAGUUCUGGGAUUUUACUGAAGAACGGUUUGAUUUUCAGACUGCCCUAGUGCAGAAUCUCAACUUGUAUAGCUCAUUGUGAUCUUGAAGCAUUCUAUCCUGCAGCAGAAUAGAAUGCCUGUCAUUUUUCAGUGGGAAGAUAUCAACCUCCUUCUGCUGAUUGAUCACUGCCAGCCUUUGUUUUGCUACAGUAUCUCUCUGCUUUGAGCCAGCACAUUUUUAAUAACACUCUUCCUGCACAUAAAUGAAAUGAAGCCAGAUUUUCCUCUUUGCGGGAGUAUAUUUAUAAACACAAAAGUUAUUUUCACCAAAGGCAAUAUAAGUGCAUUUUCUUGAAAAUUAGACACAAAUAUUUUGACCUUUUUUGUAUGAUUAGCCAAGUCUUUAAGCGUAGAAGUAUGCACACCUGAAUUCAACUUUUGGUUACUUACUUGUGAAUUGUUUGCAUGUUUUCUGAGACUUGAUAGUUUUAGAACCACUGUGUUUCCUUGUUACCUCUAUUCAUAUACAGAAUUCAAUUAUCCAGGAGAAAUUGUUCAUGUAAUCCAGUAGAGUAUUUUUUGACUGAGGAAUAGAGUAAUUGGAAAGUUACUCUAAGCUUAUCCCACAGUUAUAAUGUAACAAAAUUACAAUUAAGUUAAUAUAACAGUUAAGAUGAAAUAGAUAAUAGAAUAUUAAUUAAUUUUCAAAAGAUAUUGAAUCAUUUUAAUGGACCUAAUGAUUCAUGAUAGUCCUGAAUAAGAUGCUUUUAUAUUUUUUAGUCUGAAGCAGCUGUGCCUGGCUUCCAAAAGAUUAUUUAAAAUUCUGGUUAUCAUUCUUGGGUUAGAGUGUCACUUACCCAGUGUUCAGAGAGAGAUUCAGGGAAAAAAAUUAGCUUUGUACCCCAAUAUUAGCACCAACAAUUUAGAAAUUUGCAUUCAAUGAACUCAACAUUUUUAUAGUUAAAUCCAAUGAAUAUUCGACAAUCAGUCUAUUUUAAUGUUGUUCAAUAUGGAACAAAGCACUUACUAAAGCUAACUGACUUGUGUAAAGCUACUUUGUGUUGUGGUGCUUACAGUCAAGUAUGGUUAAGGUAACUGAUCCCAUCUGAUUUAUAGGCACACAGAUUCUGUCAAGUUUUAGUGGUAAGCCAGAGAAUAAUUUAGUCAGGCUGGAGGCUGUUCCAUUUCACUGUUUUCAGAGUGUAUUUGGUUUUAACCUUUUGUACAAGGAAUUCAAGUUUUCAAGUGUUUAAUAAUGUCAUAUUUUAUAUUGGCUGUUUUAAGUAUAUUGUCAGGUUUAAAUUUCAGUGUACAAGAGAUUGAGGACAUUAUAACUCCCUUUUAAUGCUGUGUGAUCAGUCUUAUUUGCCCAAAAUAGGGAUUUGUACAUUUCUACAGUUCAUAUUUCAGCAUUUAUUACUCAUUUACUCUGAGCGCCAAAAAGACAUGUUUGCACCUUGAAGUUUGUAAGGGACAGGUGGUUUAUUCCGUGAUUCCAUUUGAAGGAAUUGAUAUCUAGAAUCCAAUGCAUUUUUAUGAUUGCAUCAUGUAUUUGUAAGAGGCUGCUGCAAUUCACUGUGUACUCUAUAUCAC